GCUACUAAAUAAAAUCCACGAAACUUUGUUCCACUCUUCCUUCUGGUGACGAUCGUCAUCGAACUGGUCUUUCUUUUUCUUCGCUACCGCUACCGUUAUCUCCCCCUGGCGGCCCGCAGAACGCUUCCGACAUUGCGCAGUCGCUGCAGGUACCCGAACCUCAGACCUUGUACUUGGUUGGACCCGACGACGUAACCGUCACUUGUCUGUCUGCCUAUCACCCAUAGACGGUUGUCGUCGACGGAUCGUCAUGGGCUGCACGACUUGGACCCAACCCUAAGGAUAAUAAUAGCGCCUUCGCCAACGUUUACUGAGAUGGGUUCACAAUGUUUCGACAAGUGCCCGUCGGUAGCGAUCAUGUCGCACCAUCAUCCCCUGCCAACGCGGAAAAGAGAACACGAAAACCGCUGCUGCCGUGUGCCCGUAUAUCUUCGCGUGUCACCACACUUUGGUUUCGACUCCUCCCGCGCUUUGUUUUUCUUUCUAUUUGUUUUUCUUUCCACUGCUUCCCUAGCUGCUCCCCUACUGGAAACCGACACACAUGGUCAUCGACCAGCCUUGCGCGCGGCAGACGACGACUUUGCCUGGAGAGAAGCGCCAUUGUACCUGGACACAAGCCCGCCACCGUUAUUAAUGCCUCCUCUACACGUCGACGACGACGACGCCACCGAAACCGACCCCUCAUUAUUAUCAAAGCGAUCCCUUAAAACUCUUCAAACUGCGCCUGCGGCUACCGGCUCCGAUUUCACUGUCCCAAGAGCGUUUGAUACCGGCCUUUCUAGCAACUUCUCAAACUCGUGCGCCAACUUCUUGAACCGUCUCCGUCAGAGCCCGGAAUUCAACAGCUGCGACCCGUUUUCUUUAUUAAUACAGACGUCAAGUGGUUUCUUUGACGCAUCCAAGUCCACCCUUCGCAUUACACAGACCCUCGACGCGACCUGCGGGGUAGAUUCGGCACAAUGUAAAACCGUCAUGGAUGGCUUUGCUCUACAGCUACUACAGGAAAAUGCAUGCAAGUCCGACUACAACAGCGAUAAUCCAGUAGUGUUGCAAGCCUACAAUGGCCUUAUUGCCUACCAACCCGCGUACAAGGCAAGCUGCUUGCACGACAAAGAGGGGAACUAUUGCUUCGCAGACGCUGUCAGUAACAUGUCAUCACCAGGAGACGCAUAUCCAUAUUACCUGGCCAUCGGUCAACAACUUCCCGGAGGAUCGAGACCGACCUGCAACUCCUGCUUGCAACAAGUGAUGGGUGUAUUCGCUUUCUACACCAAUAAUGCGACACAGCCCAUUUCCAAAACCUAUACCUCGGCCGCCCAGCAAAUAGCCAUAUCAUGCGGUUCCACUUUCGUAAACGUCACCGCCGCCCCACUCAAAGGUGCAGCACCAACAACAACAACAAGCGCAACCUUUGCACCAACCAUAACUCUUAUUCUAAUGUUUGUACUCUUCUUCUUCCAAUAAUGGAGCGAUACCCCUACUCGGAUUUUCUUGUAUAUACUUUAGGUUACCCCUGUUUCCAUCGACGUUUGCGGACGGUCGAUCAUUAGCGAUGGCGCAUCGGAGGUUUUUUUUAUAGAAUUUGUAACCAGACUGUAUAGCUGGGGCAAAUUCCCAUCGGCACCGUGGGCCCAGGGCACUGGCUUUCAUCAAAGAGGAAGUCUGUUCAGGAUAUAAGGAGAGAUGUGGAUCUAUACAAGGAUGACCUCAGAGAAGGCUCCUUCUUGAAUCCAUGGCGAUACACCGGCUUUAGCAUCGAAAGAAGGCAAGCCAAACAAACAAAAAGCAAUCUUAAAAAUGUUUCA